AUGGCCAGCGACGCGUCCUCCUCGCAGGCCCUAAGCGAGCUCAACUUCAACGACCCUUUCUACUCUGCAUCGUCUGGAAAUUUCACCCAGACCCCCUUCGCCCCCGAUGGCAUGUCGGAGAUCUGUGGCGGCUCGAGCGUCGCCGACUCGCAGGCACAACAACAGAAUACGGAUUCCAUUUUUGGUUUCUGUGGUGCUGCAGCUGAGCCAGCAGGCGCGAAUGGUGCGGAGGACCAAGCACAGGCAAUCGAGACGAGUGGCGAUGUCCCGAGUAAGGAUGUGGCUGUGACUGAUGAAGCCGCUGAGACGAGUAUUGAAGAGCCAGUUCAAACGACCAAGCUCGCGCGGGAUCUCCAAGCUGAGCUGGGGGGUGAUGAUCCUGUUGAAGUCAGCGAGACUAUGGAGAUUGUUCAAGCUGUGGAGAACAAUGAGCCAGCGCGCCAGCAAUCCGCUCCAGUCGCGGAGGAAGCUCGUGGCCGUCCGCGUUCGCGUUCUCAGUCAUCGCGAGCAUCCAAGGCAUUGAUGCCGCCUCCCCAGCUGCCGGAUACCAUCCAAGACACCGAAGUUAUAGGCAGCACCCGCACAGAGAAUGAUCCUCCAGCUAAGGACUUCACUCGUCCAUUGAACCUUGGUAGCUCUAUGCUGGGCAGGAAGAAGACAGGGCAAAGCGCUCGCGAGAGGCUGCUUGAGAAGCAAGCCGAGAACAGAGCGCGCCACCAGGCCUCUCCGGCCGUCAGGCAAUCGAUCGAGCGAGACGCCGCCACCACCGCUGCGCCCGCAGGCUCCUCGGACGUGGAGAUCAUCGACUCUCGCCAAUUCCACCAGUGCGAGGCGUCUGUCUUUGGCCAAACGAGACAGGUCCUCAGAUACAAACGCUUGAUGAGCCCGCGCCGUCAACGCACUCCGUCCCAGCAGCCGGGAGGACUGAUGGAUUCCAGAAGUGAGAGAGUGGCUGCCGCGUUCAGAGAAGUCGAAGCUCUGUUUCACGAGAAGAAGCAGGCGGGAUCUUUGAGCACGGAUGAGAAAAUCGAAUUCAUGAACAUAGAGGCACAAGAGAAGGAUCGUCUCCGUAAGAAGACGAUAGACGCGAUGUCCCGUCGCCCGUCCUCGGUCGGUCCUCGCCGCGUGCCCUCGUUUGCUCCUCGUCGGACUCCAGAGGCUGAGUCUCUGUAUGUCGGCGACGAUCGUCUGCGUCGCUACCAGAGUAAAAGGCCGGGCUCUCAGAUGCCAAGAGACUACCGUCGUGCGAGCUCUGAGAUGCCUAGAGACCAUCGCCGUGCGAGCUCGGAGAUGCCGCAGGCCUCCGGACGCUCAUCUUCGCGCCACUCCUCUUCUCGCGAAGGCCCCAACGCCAACUCACGCAAGCGCUCGUUCAGAGAGGCGUCGGUGAAUUUGGAUCCGGACGGUCAGACCGGGAGUUUCCAAUGGAGAACUCCUCAGGGAAAGUCCACCAGCAGCUUCUCCCGCUUCAACAAGCACGACCAGCAAGAGUUCACGGACGCAGAGAUGAACGCCUCGCUCGAUGUCGCAAAGCGGCAGAGAGACGACGCUUACAACCGCCGUGACCGGGUGCACGUCGAGGACGGGUUCGCCGAGGAGAUCUCUUUUGGCGACUAUUUCCUCGAAGCGUGCAAGAACGAAGACCGCAACGGUGUUCCGGAAGCGUACCUCGAAAACUGCGUCGAGAUGAUUGCGAAGACAAUCCGCACCCAAGUCCAUCGCCCUCAGUACAAGGGCGUCCCGACCAAGCUCCGCCUGGAAAAGUACCGCACCAUGUGGAAGCAACCGAGCAAGAAGAGCCGCCACACGGGCCGUGAUCUCGUCGACAAGCACGCCGUCGACCAUGAAUUCGACAAGCGCAAGCAUUACGUGUAUUCCAAAAUCCGCACCUCGCAGAUCACGGUCGAGCAGGCCGCUCGCUUUGCUCUGGAGUGGGACAUUCAGCGCUCCCGGCUCCAGCGCCGGUAUCUGCACGAUGCCGGUCGCUCGCGCACGCAGCCGUACCCGCAGGCUUCUUCCUCCGCGAACGCUGCUGGUCAGCCUGCCAAUAAUAAUGGUCCUCUCCGCUUGCCCGAGUCUGCGCAGUUCGACACGGCGCUCAAGCCGGAUUUCAAACCUCUCGUGGAGGAGGCGAGUCAGAUGCUGGCGGAGGCGCUGUUCCAUGUCGGUGCUGCGAGCCAUCGCAUCCAGCAGUGCUUUAAUAAUGAUAAUAAUACCAUGCCACCACCACCACCCGCUCCAAGCAGGGUUCCGACUCCAGCUGCUCGGAAUGUUGCUGAGGACACCGAGGGCUUCCAGAGUGAGGUCCAGAGUGAGAAUGGAGACCUUUUUGCUAAUGAUUAG